AUGCUUGAACAACUACGAAAUGACGUUAGACGAGACGACAAGCCUGAGAUCAACAUUGUCGACGAUACUUCCGGCUGGACGCCUAGCUCCAACCCAGCCGACCAAAAGAAGACGGCUAGCAGUAUUGCCGAGAAUCACAGGGCAAAUUUCAACACAGAACAUACAUGGACGAUACCAAUCAGUCCAAUUUAUCCGCAUCUUUCACCGCGGUCCACGAAUGAGACUGAACGUGUCAAGGUCGCCUUGAUAGAUGACGGCAUCGAUGUCAUCGACCUAGAUACCUACGGCAACCGAGUCCAAGCUGCCGGUGAUUCCUUUUUCCCGUCCAUCAACGGGGCCAAAAGGCCCUGGAACCACACGAUCAUGGGCCAUGGGACCAUCAUGGCCAACAUGAUUGCCCGUAUUAACCCAAUGGUUUCUCUCGCGGUUCUGAAGCUGUGGGAUGAACUCGCUCCUGAAGGGACACGCAUCAUCUACCCGAGGCAGCCGCCCAGGCGAUCCGUUGCGCUGUCCGCCGCAGAGUAG